CUUUACAUUAAUUAACUUUUCCUGUUUCAGCGCAUAAAAGUUAAUGUCCAAACGGUGUUUUUCUGCUGUCACAGUUAUUUUAACCUUUCCAGCUUUUAAAAGCGAUGAAUUAAGAACCGAUGUGAUUAAUAGCUCAACAAUUAGCCUCUAUUUUAAAGUGUAGUCCUAAAGUAGACAUUAAAGUUAUUUAAUUUUGUCAUGAGCUCAGUCUUUUCUGCACCUGCUGCCAUCAUCCGUCACGCCAUAGACAGCAAGUUAGAUUCUAGAUAGCUUUGUUAACAUUCACUUUCCUCUCAGUGCUGAUAAGAUUUCAAAAUUCACUUUUAAAACUCCUCAGAAACUCAACUUUUUGUCUCUAAAUAGCAGGUUUCUUUUAAAAGCGUGCUUUACCUGAAUGUUGGGGAGCAUUCUGCACCAGUAAUAACGUUUUUAAUCACUGAAAUCAGGAAAGAAGUAGAUAAGGCUUCACGGUUUUUCACUCAAGAAUGUCAAAUAUUAGCUUAUUCCAGCCUCAAGUAUAUGAGGAUUUGCUCGUUUUGUUUGUCUAGCUCGAUAAACUGAAUAUAUGCUGUUAGUCAGACAAGCAAUCACAAAAACUACUAUUAAACUCCUUGAUAGUGGAUUCAUACUUUACUGAUUAGUCAAUCAAUUUUUAAACUAGUCUAACUCUUAGGUUAAAAUACAACAGGAGAUUUACUUGGUUCAUCAUGAUUGGAAUAAAUAAACGUCAAAAGAUAAGUACUGUGUGAAUGUUUUUCCCCAAAAAUGUGCCUUUUAAGUAACUGUUAAUAAAACCAGAAGGCAAUCUAGCAUUCCAGCAUUGAGUUUGAUCUAAUAACGCUUUGGAAAACCCCUUCCUCUUUUUGAAAAGUGCCUCACAGACAAGCAGAAGCGAGUAGUGAAACCAGCAGACGGGGGAAAAAGGACACCAGUGGAACAGCAUUUCACACGAGUACGAACAAUAAGCGUACUGUCAUUACACACACUAGUGUGUUGGCCUUUUAUAGACACACUACCCCUGUGUGGAAGUGUGGAAAAGAAACCAGAUUGUUGUCAUUUAAUGUGAAAGGGGUGCAGUAAAGCUGACCAGCCACGGUGUGCAGGUGGCACAGGGUUAAAGGUAUGAAUCAGGUGAAUUACUGCAAUAAUCCCUCCAUGACUGUGCUAUUAAAUCAGACAUGUAUUUGCGGCAGAGGAGACAGAUUAAAAAGAUAUUUUAAUCCCGGAAUCAAUGUCGAUAGGGAAUGAGGAAGGCAGUUGUGACGCUUUGCCACAGUGAGACGGUUUGUAUAAAUGACAGGGAAGAAGAAGCUAAAGGGGGAAAGCGGCAGAGAGGCCGAUCAGAGUGUAGGUGGCGACUGGAAAAAAAUGUUUUUAAUGUGCGCAGGGUGCGUCACUGACAUGUCAUUCCAGUACACACCUGAAAUGUGUGUGUGUGCUUUGUGCAUGAGCGUGUGCUACUGGGGAAGAGCUAGCAGCCAGACUAACAAGUUUUUGCAUAAUGGGGAAAUGACUAGAACAGGCCGUCAUUAAAAUGGCAUUAAAACCAUGCACAGGUACGACUGGUUUGCUCUUCUUAUUGGACUUUGCAAGUGUGACAGAUCUCUGAGCUAAACAUCUGACGACGCUGUACAUGUAUGUUUAGGUUUGUUUACUCUUUGCUCGUUGUGUUUUUGCUAACCCUUUUUUUUCUGGCAGAGAGACUGUUCUCCUUCUUAGUAUGGAUCAGCGCCCAUCAAAGGACGUUCUGCUACAAUUCAGGAUUCCUCGUCACAGAUCUUUUGGACCUUAACAGAGAGGACCACCAUCAGUGCCGAAACAGAGGAGCUGGACUCUCUCUGGAAGAUUCUUUGUAGUUUGAUCUGACACACAGGCAGAGUCUGAAGUUGUCCAUUAACAGCACCUGACAAGGUCACGAUGCCAGACAAGUCCCAAGGUUUUCAGGACAAGACGAGGCCUGGAGGAGAAGUAUCGCAGGCGUCCUUGGUGCCGGACAUCAUCAUCAUCUCCAGCGAUGAGGAGGGCCAAAACGGUGGAGGUAACAUCCUGGAGCUGGAUGACUUGAGCCACGGACCAGACAAGUUAAAACAUUCUGCACAAAGCAACAGCAUUGACGUUUUACAAGGGAACGACAUCACAGGUAGUCUUACUGCCGGGGACCAAUCAGGACGCGGUGUUUCCCAGCUUCCUGUAGAAGUGGGCGUGGCCAAAACAGCACAGGCCCCUGAACCUCUCAAGACCAAUUCUUUGUUGAAGGGAACAGGCGUGACCUCCCAGAGCACGGAUGCUCCGGUCAACUCAUCCAGCGACUCGGACUACAGCAGCACAAAGUCCAGCCCCGGCUACGUGUGCACCAGCUUCAGCACUGACCUCUGUGGAGACGAUUUAUCUGAGCUCGAUGGAAGCUCGUUUGAAAAGACAAACUCUAUCUCUGCCGUCAAUCUGUCUGAAUCCAGCUUGAACACUUCUUACUCUGACAAAACCAGUAAAAACAUUCCAGACGAUCACAGGGACGACUCCGACAGAGACCUGACGGAUAAAUCAAAACCAGAGGUCUCUCCCUGCGGCACUUCGGCUGUAUUGCCCGAUUUCUCACCUCAAGUCAACCAAACCAGAGACAGCAUCGACGUCAGGUGGGACGAGGACGACGGGGACGAUGACAGGCGAAGCACUCGGUCCAGGCGGAGUGUGAAGGAGGGGGUGUGCUGCUGCUACCAGGCCUUCCACAGAGCUUUCCUACGGUGUGUGGAGGAGACUCCAGCCAUGCUGCCCGGACUGGUGCUGUCUUUGCUCUUCUGUGUGGCCAUCAUCGUCCUCAUUGCCACCACGAGCGACGUUGCUUUCCACGUGGGUGCGCUGUCGGUGGUUUGCGUGGUUCUUUGUCUGAGCGCCGUCCUGCUCGUCUGCCUGCCCUGGCUGGCCACGGUGAGGCGCUGUGGAGGAGCGCUGGCCCUCUUCGUCUGGGGGACGCUGUACAUCACCGCCAUAGUCUUCAUCUUCACAGAACGGCCCGUGACAACGUGGGAACAGGUCGCGUUUUUCCUCUUCCUCUCGCUAAGUGUCUACACGGUGCUGCCUCUCUCUCUGGCCUGGGCCCUCAUGGUCGGCGUAGGGACCAGCGUUUCCCACAUCAUCAUCAUCAGCGUCUACGUCCCGGUUACCAGCCCAGAGACACCAGAUCUGGCUGUGCAGCUGGUGGCCAACGCCGUGCUGUUCGUGUGCGUGAACUGCGUGGGGAUUUUUCACCUGUGGAUGACCGAGCACGAUCUCAGGAUAUCCAAUCAGAAGAGAGAAGAGUUCAGCGCCAUACGCUCGCAGAAGGAGAUAAAGAAGUAUCAGCAGGAGCAGCUCCUCCUGUCGGUGUUGCCACGGUACAUCGCCAUGGAGCUGAAAACGGAGGUGAUAAAGAGGCUGUCCAAGCCCACAGGGGAUAAGAAGAACGGAUCAAACUUCCACAACUUUCACAGCCUUUACAUACGGCAGCACAAAGACGUCAGCAUCCUGUACGCAGACAUCGUGGGCUUCACAAAGCUGGCCAGUACGUGCUCCCCAGAAGAACUGGUUGCGGUGCUCAAUAAGCUUUUUGGCAAAUUUGACGACCUCGCCAAGAAGAAUGGAUGCCUUCGCAUUAAGAUCCUGGGCGACUGCUACUAUUGUGUGUCAGGGCUGCCUGACCCCAUUCCCACCCACGCCAGCAACUGUGUUCAGAUGGGGCUGGACAUGUGCACAAACAUCAGUAAACUGCGUGAGGCGACGGGGGUAGAGAUCAGCAUGCGGGUCGGCGUCCACACCGGCAACGUGCUGUGUGGCGUGAUCGGUUUGCAGAAGUGGCAGUACGACGUGUGGUCACAUGACGUGACUUUAGCCAACCACAUGGAGUCAGGAGGUCUUCCUGGGCGAGUACACAUCACAGAGGAGACACUGCAGCACCUGAAUGGGGCGUACCAAGUGGAGGACGGGGACGGGGGGAGUCGGGACCCUCUUCUGAAAGGGAGGAAAACUUACCUGGUGAUUGACCCCCACAAACCCGACAGUAUUUCCCGGAGGCCAAAACUAGCUCACAGUCUUGCAUCAGGAGAGAACAGGCAGCGAGCGUCGGUCCGGAUGUCUCAGUAUCUUCAGUCCUGGCAUUCCAUCCACCCUUUCGCAGACCUGAGCAACCCUGACGCAACGUCCAAGAAACCCAUCGUCCCCUCCAACGCCGUCAUGAGCCAGCUGUGUGCCGAAAGGCCUCCUCUUCAAAGCAACCCCAAAUUUUUGGUCGUUGACAACGGUGUCAGAGGAUCCCUGGACACUUUGGACACUGCAGGGAGGAGAGCAAAGAAGCUCAACUGUCUGACUCUGCUGUUCAAUGACGUCAGCUUAGAGAAGCAGUUCCGCUUUUCAGAAGUGAAGGGUUUGCACCACUCAAUGAGCUGCAUCGCUGUGGUCUUCGUGACUCUUUUCAUUGUCCAGAUGCUCGUCUCUGAAAGGAACUUUGUGAUGGCAGUUUCCUACGGUGCGACGUUCCCAGUGUUGGUGCUGCUUCUGUCCAUCGCUUUCACUGGAUACUUGGAGAAAUGGCGCUCCAAGAUGCCGCUGAGCGUCCAGUGGAUAUCUGGGCUGUCGCGAGGCGUCUCCACCAGGGCGGCGCUACGAGUGUUUGUGGUCACUUUCUGCGUGCUCAUCGUCCUGCUCAUGGCCAUCCUCAACUUUCUCUUCCUUCCAGGAAACAACUGCACCUCGAUCGCCAACAGGACGGAGUUGGAAGCUCUGAAACUCUACACUGUGCCUUACUACCUGUACUGCUGCCUGCUGGCCAUGCUGGGAGUGAUCGUGUUCACCAGGACGUGUUUGUCGGUGAAGGCGCUGCUGCUCACCCUGGCUGUGGUCGUCUACCUCGCCCUCUUCAUCCAUGUUUACGCUCCUAAGUCCCGCUGCCUGAUUAAUCUGCUUCACAACGACACCAGGCCCGGUGUGCUGCAGGACCCUCAGAUCAUGUCUGGAGUUUGGCUGGUCAUCUUUUACAUCGUCUGCCUCAUUCUAGCCAGACAGGAUGAGCUGGGUUGUCGGGUAGAUUUCCUGCUGGAACGCUGUUUCCAGUCAGAGAGAGAAGAGAUGGAGACCAUGGAGAACGUCAACAGGCUGCUCCUCCAGAACGUCCUGCCGCUUCAUGUCGCCUGCGUCUUCAUGGGCAAAACUAUUCGCAACCAAGACCUGUACAGUCAGUCAUAUGACUGUGUGUGCGUGAUGUUCGCAUCGGUUCCUCAGUUCAAAGAGUUCUACAGCGAGAGCAGCGCCAACAGGGACGGCCUGGAGUGUUUGCGCUUCCUCAACGAAAUCAUCGCAGACUUUGACGAGCUUCUCUCCAAACCCAAAUUCUGCUCGGUGGUGAAGAUAAAGACGAUCGGCAGCACGUACAUGGCUGCAGCAGGGCUGACGAACUCACCGCCAGGAGACGACAGAAAGAAAGUUGACCUGUCCUACAGCCACGUGCGCUCCAUGGUGGAGUUUGCCAUCGCUCUGAUGGGAAAGCUGGAGCUCAUCAACACCCACUCGUUUAACAGCUUCAAACUCAGGAUCGGAAUAAACCACGGUCCGGUCAUUGCAGGAGUGAUUGGAGCCCAUAAACCUCAGUAUGACAUCUGGGGGAACUCUGUUAAUGUGGCCAGCAGGAUGGACAGCACAGGAGUGUUGGACAAGAUACAGGUGACCGAGGAGACGGCCCAGAUGGUCCAGACCGUCGGAUACAACGUCACUCUGAGGGGAAAAGUCAACGUGAAGGGCAAAGGGGAGCUCACCACCUACUUUGUGAACACGGACCAGUCAUCUCCUCAGUUCUGAUCCGCUCUGGGCCCGGACAGCUUGUUUUAGUAAAGCGGGUUUUUGCAGCUAACUGACUCAUUCUGGUUUCCACACAGAGAGAAGGACUGAAAACAGAAUCCCACUGUGUGCUCAGCUAUGGAGAGCAGUUAAUCAUUUACGUCUACGGAGUGGAGAACCGCCUUUGUCUGUGGACGAGACAUUAAAAACAAUCCAGACUGGUUGAAAGAAGACCUGAGAAUAUCACCUCCACGUUGCUGUACUGUAUCUGCACAUUUAUACUGUAUUAUUCUGAAAACAUUCUCUCAAAUCUGCUUCUUUUUGUAAAUGCUUAGAGUUGUUUUAUUAGAAGGAAAUAAGGUACCAAAGAUUUCCAUGUUUUAAUGAAGGAUCAGAAAGAAAUGUGACUUUUUUUUUCAGAGAUUUUUGUUUUGGGUUUGUUAUGCUUCUUUCACUCCAAGUUGCAUUUAAGUUUCAGCUCUUAUUCCCUUUAAAUGUUUCAUGCUGGAUUGUAGCGGUACAAAACGUUCAGCGUAGGAGGAGCGCAGGUGUCUCUAACGAUGAUUCUUGCCAGAUAUAGUCCGUGAAACUCGUCUGUUUGUGCAUCAGAUGCUUUGUUUCGCCUCCGAAGGGUGACAGGAUAAACCUACUGAGACGCAAGAUGAGUCAUGGGACAGGAAAGAAUCUGCAUCUGUGUGUGAAGUUUAUUUAUCGUAGACAUUUUUCCUGUUAAAUCCUGAUAAGGUUUAACUGUUCCACCACAAAUGACUAAACCCAGAAAGAGGAAUCCAGUCCAAUCGGCUGUGUGCAACCACGCAGAUGCACACAAAUAAAGUGCUAUAAGAUGAUUUCUGACGUCUGAAUAUAAGUGAAACGAUGCCACGGAAACUUAGAUGCACACUUGAUGUUGCACUUUCUAAUUUAUUGUAUGUUUUUGAAGGGAGUAUUCCUCAUUUUCUGUUGUGUAUUUCUGUGAGGGUUGAUGAGAGUAUAUAUAUGUGUUCAUUAUAGGGAAAUAUUUUUCUAUUCUAUUUAUAAAUGAAUAAAAAAAAUGCAGCCA